AUGUGGCAACUGCACUGUAAAAUGAAAAUAGUUGCUGCAAAACUCAGCUCUUGGUCAAGAGAGGCAUAUGGAGAUCUAUUUAGAAGUGUUAAAGAAGCAGAGAAAAAGGUAAAUAAUCUAGAAAGAAAGCUAGUAGAAGAUUCUAAUGAGGAAGACAGAUGUGCUCUGAGCAAAGCAAAGGUAGGGUUCACAAGAUUAUUCAAAAACCAAGAGGAAAUGCUUAGACAGAAAGAAAGAGCAAGAUGGCUAAAAGAUGGGGACAAGAACACAGCCUACUUCCACAAAGUAAUAAAAGAUAGGAGAAGGAGGCUCAGUAUCCAUAACAUUCAAGACAAGGAGGGUCAUAGAAUACAAGGGCACCAGAACAUUGCAACUGCAGCUAUACACCAUUUUGAAGAGCUGUUCAAGUAUCAUGAAUGCAUAGGUGACUUCAGAAUCUUGCCAGGUACCAAGAAGGGUUUCAGAAGAAAUGAACAAAAUGCUCACAGCCAAACCUUCCAUUUAAGAAGUGAAAGAAGCAGUGAAGAAUACUUUGAAGGUGCUCCAUUACCAAGUAAGAUCAUUGCUAAAAUCUUGGCUAAAAGAGUAAGAGAGAUCCUCCCCCUCAUUAUUUCCCCCAAUAAAAGUGGCUUUACUCAGGGUAGACAAAUUGCUGAUAAUAUCCUUCUAGCACAAGAACUAGUGCAGGACAUUAAUAAGUUUAACCAGCAUGAUAAUAUUGUUUUAAAGCUAGAUAUGGCCAAAGCAUAUGAUAGAGUUGCUUGGCCAUAUCUGUGUAGAAUUAUGAGGAAACUAGGCUUUAAUGAAACUUGGAUUGAUUUGAUUUAUAGGCAUAUCUCUAAUAAUUGGUACUCUAUUAUUCUUAAUGGAACCAGAAAUGGUUUCUUCAAAUCCAACAGAGGUCUCAGGCAAGGAGACCCUCUGUCUCCUGCACUCUUUGUAAUAAGUGCGGAACUGUUAUCUAUUUUGCUCAAUAGCUUGUCUUUGAAUGAGAAUUACUCAGGGUACUACAAACCUAUAAAGGGACCAAGUCAGCUUAUAAACAAGAAUAAAAGCUGUGUGGCCCUGGCUCCAAAAGCAAAUAUUGAACUCAUUCACAAAGUGGUCUACAUCACUAGAAUGCAUAAAAAAGAAUGGCCUAUCAAGUACUUGGGGUGCCCCCUAUUUGUUGGAAGAAUGAAGAUCUUGUUUUUCUCAGAGAUGGUUCAAUCUAUCACCAAAAGGAUCCACACUUGGCACUCUAAAUUCCUCUCAAUGGGUGGCAAAAUUGUUCUGAUCAAACAUGUAUUACUUGUAAUGCCAAUGCACUUGUUGGCAGCCAUGAAGCCUCCAAAAGGGACUUUUGAGCAGAUUGAAGGGGCCAUAGCAGAUUCCUUUGGAAUGGGAAUGACAACAUGA